CAUUUCGUUGGAUAUAUGUUUUCAUAAUAAUUAUUGCGACGUGGACAAUAUUUCCCAUGUUUCAGAUGUGAUCGUGUUUUCAUCACAUCACAGCCCCCGGUGUCCAGUGAGUGACAACUACAGUGGAUAUUAUUUAACUACGCUCGAACAGCCUUCAGCCUUCACUUUCGCGGGUUUGGAGUCGAUCAAUUAAUUUAAUUAGAAAAUACAUUCUCAACAUGGCUACGGAUCAAGAAAAGAAUAAACAGCUUUUGUUAAAGCUGUUGGAAAGACCAGGGAACGGGAGCUGUGUGGAUUGCGGAGCUGCAGACCCGGAGUGGGCGUCCUACACCCUGGGUGUGUUUGUGUGUCAGAGCUGCUCGGGUCUCCAUAGAAACAUCUCCCAGAUCAGCAAAGUCAAGUCUGUCCUGCUGGACCCAUGGAGUGAUGCAGAGGUAGAGUUUAUGGCGUCCAACGGCAACGAUGCUGCUAAGGCCAAAUAUGAACAGAAGGUGCCUGUUUUCUACUACCGUCCAACACACACAGACUGCCAGCUCCUUCGGGAACAGUGGAUCAGAGCCAGAUACGAGAGGAAGGAGUUUGUGUGUGUGGAGAGACAGGAGCCUUACUCUGCAGGGUACCGAGAGGGGUUUCUAUGGAAACGGGGCCGAGAUAACGGACAGUUCCUGAGCCGAAAAUGUAUUCUGUCAGAGCGGGAUGGUGUUCUGAAGUACUUCAACAAGCAUGAUGCCAGAGAGCCCAAGGCUCUGAUGAAGAUCCACACCCUGAACGCCUCCUUCCAGCCUGGGAAGAUAGGCCAGCCCCACGGCCUGCAGGUCACCUAUCUGAAGGACAACAGCACUAGGAACAUCUUUGUCUACCACAAGGAUGGCAAGGAAAUGGUGGACUGGUUCAACGCCAUCAGAGCAGCCAGAUUUCACUACCUACAGGUCGCUUUCCCUGGGGCCCACCACGCUGAUUUGGUGCCAAAGCUAACACGAAACUACAUCAAGGAAGGCUACAUGGAGAAGACGGGUCCAAAGCACACAGAGGGCUUCAAGAAGAGAUGGUUCACUAUGGAUGACAGGAGACUCAUGUACUUCAAGGGUCCUCUGGAUGCCUAUGCGCGCGGUGAGGUGUUCAUUGGUAGUAAGGAGAACAGCUACACUGUGCUCCCCGGACUUCCCCCAUCCACCCAGGGCUACCACUGGCAGUUUGGCAUCACCAUAGUAACGCCCGACAGGAAUUUCCUGUUUACGUGCGAGACCGAGGAGGAGCAGCAGGAUUGGAUGGCUGCCUUUCAGGGUUUGGUGAAUCGACCUAUGCUGCCCCAGGAAUAUGCAGUGGAGGCCAACUUUAAGCACAAGCCCUGAGAAGAGGAGGACAAUAAGGAAAAAGAGGAAGGCUGGACAUAUCCCCUGGAUGAAGACAGACAAAUAGGAUCCUUCUCCUCCUCAUAAGGAGAAAAAUAUAUAUACAAUUAAGAAUAAACCACACAGAGCAGUAAAAGAGGAGGGAGAGAGGACUACAGAGUGUGGUGUUACUGUCCUGUUGCCAUACUCCUCUACUCCGCCUUACCCCAAAUCCUGACCAUAUAUAAUGAACAAAAAU